AUGAAAAAACAAUUAAUUUCAUUUAAUUUUAAAUCUGCACUAUUUUUAGUAAUAAUUAUAUUAUUUUCAAAUAUUUUUUACGCACAAUCAUUAGAAUUACAAAUGUUUGAUGUAAAUAUUGGUAACUGGGGUUUAAUAUCAGGAGAUGAAGGCGAAGAAAGAAUAAUAACCAACUAUUAUUUGAAUAACCAUCAAUCUGUAUUAUAUAAAGUAAUAUUAAAUGAACAGGACGAUCAUAUGGCAUUAAUUCAAAUAACUCAUAAUCAAUUUAUAAACUCUGGAUACUAUUCAGGUGAAUACGAAAAUGUAAUAAUCAAAUCAUACACUUUUAUAAACAAUACCCAAAAUAAUAGUAUUAUCUCAAAUGUAAAUAAUAAAACCAAUAAUAAUAUGGCAUUCAGUAACAAUAGUAAUGACAAAACCAUUGAAAUUUCAAUUACAGAUGUAACUCCUAUUUCAAUUAAUUCGUGUUUCGAAAAAGAAAUUUAUUUUUCAAUUUAUUUAAAUAAUUAUUUUUUUGGCGGUGAUAUUGAAAUUUCGGUGGCUUCGCUUUACGAUAAAAGUCAAUGUUAUGAAAAAAUAAAUAAUAAUAAAAAACUAAAUACUUUUAUAAAAAGAUUUUGA